AUGCUUAACAACGGUUCUAGUGCCUUCAUUCCAACGCUUGCUCCAAGCAGCAUGGAACGAAAUUGGGGCGCCUUCAUCGUAUUUUGUUUAUGUUGUGUUGUCCUUAUAUUGGGAGAUAUAUUAACGUUAAUCACUAUGAAGAUGAAAGCCAAGAAAGAAUUACUUAAACAUGACAUUAUGGUUAUUAGUUUAGCAACUAAUGAUAUCAUUAGUUGUCUCUUGAUUUCUCCCUUUGUUAUUGGUACUUUUAUAUCACCUACAGGUACUUUCGGUAAUACGGAUACCUGUCGAAUGUUGGGUUAUUUUCGCACAUUCACUUGUGGGUCAUCAUUAUGUAUCGUUUUAUUAAUGUCCUUAGAGCGAAGAUUAGCGAUAUUAACACCAUUUUAUUAUCGUUUAAAUGUCACAAGCAAACAAGUGGUGAUCUCUAUCUUAGUUGGUAUGUCCAUUUGCUUGGCUUAUGCAGCAUUACCUUUAGUUGGUGUUGGCCAAUAUGGACGAAGUAAACCGAGAGGAUUGUGUUUCUUACGACUUACAAACCCAAUUGAUUCUGGUUCACGAGCAAUGACAAUUUCACUAGCUGUUGUCGUUUCCUUAAUCUUACUUGGGAUAUUGAUAUGUAAUAUUCAAGUACUUCAUAGCAUAUUUGAAACCCUUCGUGAAGCCAAAACAUUUAAGGAGAAAGCUCGUCAAGCAUGUCCGUUAUGCAAGUUGACCAUUGGAGUUUCAAUUGUUUCAUGCGUUUGCUACUCUCCUCUAAUUAUUUACGACGUCUUACUGAAUUUCGACGUAAAAAUGUCAGUUACAGUCGAAAUUUGGAUACAAAAUUCUAUUUGGAUACAUAUGGCUUUGAAUCCAAUCAUAUAUGGAGCGGCUAGGGAACACCUACGUCAUUACUUUUGCCAUAUUAUGAGGGUUGUAUGCUUCGGAAUGUGUUUCAAAGAUUUUUCUAAUGAAAUCUCUCAGGAAGAAACAUCUAUGUUAAAGAGACUCCAAAGAAAAAUUGAGAGUCGUGGCAACUUGCUCGGUUCUGCGAGAACAAGUAUAGCAAUGAUGACCCCUACAUUAAGUACUGAUAAAAUUGAUAAAGUUGAUGAAAUCACUGAGGAUACAGACGUGCUCAAAAUUGAAAUUACACCCACUCAAAUGGCGUGUAAGUUAUAA